AUGGCUCGCCCACAAAGCACUGCUUCUAGACAAUCGCGUCAGCAUACUGAUCAAGCAUCCCCUCAGGCUAGAAAUACCACAGUCACCAGAACACACAGCACACGGAUCCGGAGGCCAUCUGUUAGACGCCAGCAUCAGCAUAAUCGACAUAAUCUAUCGGAAGAAGAUCGUUUUCUGGAACUAAGACGAUCCGCUCGUAUAGCCAGACAACAACAAGACCAACUACGGGAAGCUCAGGCUCAAGACCAAUUACGAGCUCAACCUCAAGAACAACAUCAACAAGCUACAAUGGCAGACGUUGCACGCCGCACUUACGCUCGCAAUGACCACGGUCCUCGCAGUGUCGAACAUCGCCGAAGUUCCACUCGCACCGACACGACAUCCACUCACUCCCGCCAACAACCCUCCACCUCAUCCCCAUACACUUUAACCAUCACCUCCGCACCUCCCGCCUCUAUAUCCCCAUCCACUCCCUUCUCCACCCGCAUCCUAAUAACCACCCCCGGCGCCGCACACCCCAAAACCUCCCUCGCCGUAAUCUCUCUAACCUCUACAACCGGCACACCCCUCCCCGCCGGCCACCUCCUCACCUCUUCUCCCACCGCAAAACUCAUGGAUUCAGUGGGUGAACCCCUACGCUCCGAUCUCAGUGCUUUGGGAAGGGGAAACAGAGCAGAAGUGGUGGGAGCAGCAGGCUUUGAAGGCUUGUGUGUUAGAGAACAGGGAGAGUAUCGUGUGAGGGUUACGAUUGCGAGGAUGGAGGGGGAUGGCUGGGAGGCUGUUGCUGAGGUUGACAGUGCGGUGUUUAGGGUGCUUGGGAGAGGUGUUAAUGGGGUUAAGUGUUGA